AUGAAGCUGGGCAUUGAUCAUAAAAAAAGUAUUUCUUUAUUUCUACUUUCCAUUCGUUCUUUCUUUCUUUCUUUCUUUCUUUCUUUCUUUCUAGCUUUCUUUCUUUCUAGCUUUUUUCUUUCUUUCUUUCUUUCUUUCUUUCUUUCUUUCUUUCUUUCUAGCUUUCUUUCGUUCUUUCUAGCUUUCUUUCUUUUUUCUUUCUUUCUUUCUUUCCUUUCUUUCUUUCUAGCUUUCUUUGAAUUUCUAGCUUUUCUUUCUUUCUUUCUAGCUUUCUUUUUCUUUCCUUUUUCGUUUGUUCUUUCUUUCUUUCUUUUUUUCUUUCUAGCUUUUCUCCUUUCUUUCUUCAUUCUUUCUUUCUUUUUUCCUUUUUCUUUCUUUCUAGCCUUCUUUCUUUCUUUCUUUUUUCUUUCUUUCUUUCUUUUUUUCGUUUGUUCUUUCUUUCUUUCUAGCUUUUCUUCUUUCUUUCUAGCUUUCUUUCUUUCUUUCUCAUUUCUUUUCGUUCUUCAAUUCUUUCUUUCGUUCGUUGUUUGUAUUUUAUUUUUCUCUUCAUUUCUUUCUUUCAUUUUCUUUCUUUCUUUCUUUGCUUUUUUUUCUUUGUUUCAUUCUUUCCUUGAUUGUCAGUCUGUUUUUUAUUUUAUUUCUUUCUUUAUUUCGCCUUCAUUUCGUUCGUUCUUUCUUUCUUUCUUUCUUUCUUUCUUUCUUUCUUUCUUUCUUUCUUUACUUGGUAGUUUUUCUUUUAUUUUUUCGUUUGUUUCUUUUUCUUUCCCUCUUUUUUCUUUCUUUCUUUUCUAUUUCUUUCUUUGCUUUCAUAUCUAUCUAUCUAUCUAUCUAUCUAUCUAUCUAUCUAUCUAUCUAUCUAUCUAUCUAUCUAUCUCAGUCUGUUCAUAUCUAUCUAUCUAUCUAUCUAUCUAUCUAUCUAUCUAUCUAUCUAUCUAUCUAUCUAUCGUGACUCAGGUCCGUCUUAUACUUUUUCAUAUCUGUCUAUUAAAUUAUCUGUCUAUCUAUCUCCGCCUGUUCAUAUCUAUCUAUCUAUCUAUCUAUCUAUCUAUCUAUCUAUCUAUCUAUCUAUCUAUCUAUCUAUCUGUUGUGGUACGAUUCACCUAA